AUGACUGUCAAUUGGAAAAGAUUGCUGCUGCUCACGCGAGCAGAUGCCAGUUUAGACACUCAGAUCGUAGAACUAGACAAAAUGCCGGUGAGAACAUUUUCAUGGCAAGCCCACCUGGUGACAAGGUUCAGAUGGCUAAAAGAGCCGCUUACGCAUGGGCUGGAGAACUGAACAAAUAUGGUGUUGGAAAAGAAAACAUGUUUACAAUGGCUCUAGCAAAUCGACCAGGAAGAACUAUCGGACAUUACACAC